AUGGAUAUAAGGUAAGUAAUUAAAUGUAUGGAGCUAGUGGCGUUGAUGGUCCGAGAGGACUGAAAUGAUGGGGGAACUUGAAAGAGAUCAGAUGACAUUGUUUAAAGCAUGAUGAACAUUUUAUUCGACGUAGAUUGAUAGUCUAUUAAGAGAGUUUCUUCGUAAUCGCAUAGAAACAUAUGACAGGGGAGCUCCAGUCGGUUAAAUAUCGGAAUAGACAAGAUAAGGCCACCUUGGCCAAAUUACCGUUGCUUUUCGUUAUCGCGAACAAGAAACGUCGCAAAGCUUCAUCAUGUGAAAUAUUCCUUAACAAAGCGGCAUCAUGUGCCGUAACAAGGUCUUCCUCUUUUUGAACGGCCUGCUGCAGCUGAGUUACUCUCAAGCUCGACAGCCUGGCUUCAGCAUCCAUCAUGACCUUCUCGCAUAUCCUCAGUUCGAGGUAGUCCUCUCCGAGUCAUACAUAUCCGAGAACGAAGCCCAGGCCUUGGUUGAAAAGACGAAUCCUUCACAUCCAAACUACGAAGCCGACUUUACCGGCCAGGCUAGCCUUACCUCUAACAUACAAACUACCAAGGAUGGAGAUGAUGGCAGUAAUACCGAUACCGACGGCGACCAUCAAAUUGCCGAAUCCUACGAAAUCAUGAACUUACCUCCUCAUCGUUACCUAUGCACCAUCCCCAUCAUCGAACCACCGCCCGCCCCCAACAAGACUGCCACCGAGUUAGCUAAGGCUGAAGAGGCUCGCGAACUCGCAAGAGCUUCGGCUCAUGGCUGGGAUCUUAUCGGCGGCCUCGACGGCGCCUGUCUCUAUUACAUGUCUGGAUGGUGGAGUUACAGUUUUUGCUACGGCCACGAUGUCGUGCAGUUCCACGCUCUUCCUGCAAGUGUGAAGAGUGGCCCCCCCGUGAGAGAUCCCAACACUGCAGAGUAUGUCCUGGGACGGAUACCCGAUCCACAAGCCGCCCCGCGCUCCACGCGUCGUGGCCAGUCCAACCGAUCCAAUGACAAGCAGCAGCCCGCCAAUCCUACGCCACCCAAUACGGAGCUGCAGGUGAAGGGUGAUCAACGAUAUUUGGUCCAGAAGAUGGGGGAUGGUACUGUAUGCGAUUUGACUGGCCGGGAACGGACGAUCGAGAUACAAUAUCACUGCAGUCCGGGUAGUACGCAGGACCGUAUUGGAUGGAUCAAAGAGGUCACCACGUGCGCGUAUCUCAUGGUGGUAAAUACCCCCCGGUUAUGUGUCGAUGUCGCUUUCCAGCCGCCCAAAGAGGAAAGGGCAAAUAUCAUUAGCUGUCGCGCAAUCGUAUCGGAAGCGGAAGAAGCGAGUUGGCACGCCCAAAAGACUCUAGAGGCGCAAAGUGCCAUGGUUGGUCAAGCCAUGGGUGAGGUGAAGGCUCCUAUCACGAUCGGUGGAGUCGUGGUGGGUGGCAGGCAAUUACUCGGCAAAGGGGAAGACGGAAAAGAAGCGCACAAGCUAGCCCCCCCACGGAACUUCCGCGCCUCGAACAUAGCCCCGCUUAUUGAGGUGGUAGCUCAGGGGAGCAGCAAGAAUGAAGGCAGCAAGGUUAACGAGCUGACGGAUGAGGAGCUGGCUAAACUAGGUCUCAGUCCCGAGGUUAUCGAGGAAUUAAAGAAAAAGGUACAGGAGCUAGCCGGAGACAGGGGCUGGAAGCUCGAGGUCGUCGAGGUUCCGGAUGAGCCCCGAGAGAUUCGCGGGGUGGUUGAUACGGACGAGGACGAGGAGGGGCAGGCUAACGAUAAAGACAAUGACGAGGGGACAGGGAGCGAGGAACAGUUCUUCAAAGAGGAGCUUUGAGGUAGUUACGAGGUACUGGCAGGCUAGCAUCACGGCGUUUUGUUUGUUCCUACAUUACCUAGUAGGCAGGAUUGAUUAUACAUCUUCGUAUUCAUGUUCAUGUUCUUGUUCCUGUUCAUGUUACGCAUUGCAGAAUCCCAUCACCCACCCUCACUCAGAGGACCUUGAGAUUU